CUGAGCUCCGUACUCUGGUGUCUCCAGCUGAAGCAGACCUUCAUCCUCCACUGAACCAGUAGAAUGUUCUCCUACAGCUCCGGCUCCCUGGUGGGUGGAGGCGGUGCAGGUGGUCGGAUGGCCAAGGGCAGCAGCCUGUCGGUGUACGGUGGAGGUGGAGGCUCGUCCUUCAGAGUCUCCAGUGGAGGUCAGAAUAUCCGGAUCCCCUUCUCCGCUGCAAUGGGUGGAGGUGGAGGUGGAGGAGCUGCGUACAGCUUCAGCAGCAGCGGCUUCGGUGGUGGCUUCGGCGGUGGGGCCAGUGGUGGCGGUGGUGGUGGCAUGGACAUCUCCACCAACGAGAAGUUCACCAUGCAGAACCUCAACCAGCGCCUGGGCAGUUACCUGGAGAAGGUCCGACAGCUGGAGGCCGCUAACACUGAGCUGGAGCUGAAGAUCCGACAGUUCCUGGAGCAGAAGACGUCCCCUUCAGCCAGAGACUACAGCGCCUACUUCCAGACCAUCGCAGACCUGCAGGGAAAGAUCCAAGACGCCACCAGGGUCAACGGGGGCAUCUACCUGUCCAUCGACAACGCCAAACUGGCAGCAGACGACUUCAGGCUGAAGUUCGAGAACGAGUUGUCCAUGAAGCAGUCUGUGGAGGCCGACAUCGCCGGGUUGAAGAGGCUCCUGGACGAGCUGACAUUGGGUCGAUCCGACCUGGAGAUGCAGAUCGAGGGUCUGAGGGAGGAGCUGAUCUUCCUCAAGAAGAACCACGAGGAGGAGCUGUUGGCCAUGCGGUCGCAGAUGAGCGGUCAGAUCAAUGUGGAGGUGGACGCUGGUCCUCAGAAGGACCUUACCGCCAUGAUGGACGAGAUAAGAGAAUACUACGAGAACCUCGCCAACAAGAACCGCAAAGAGCUGCAGUCGUGGUUUGAAAACCAGACGGAAACACUGAAACAGGAAGUGGCCGCCAACACAGAGUCCAUCCAGACGUCCACAUCGGAGGUCAAAGAGCUCAAACGCUCCCUUCAGGGUCUGGAGAUUGAGCUUCAGUCCCAGCUCAGCAUGAAAGCGUCACUGGAGGGAACGUUAGCCGACACCCAGAACCGCUACGCUAUGCAGCUAGCGGGUUUCCAGAACCAGGUGAGCUGUUUGGAGGAGCAGCUGGUCCAGAUGAGGGCCAGCAUGGAACAACAGGGCCAGGAGUACCAGGUCCUGCUCGACAUCAAGACCAGGCUGGAGAUGGAAAUCGAUCAGUACCGGAGGCUGUUGGAAGGAGAAGGAGGCGGAGUCAGCAGCUCCUCCAGCGUCUCCCUGUCGGCCUCCUCACGCUCUGGGUAUGGGUCUGGAUCCGGUUCUGGAUCUGGUUCUGGAUCUGGAUCCAGCUCUGGAGCUGGAGCUGGAUCUGAUGCUGUUACUGGGUCUGGCUCCGGUUCUGGUUCUGGUUCCGGCUCUGGUUCUGGUUCCACCAUCACCACCAAACAGAAGGUGAUCACGGUCAUCGAGGAGGUGGUGGACGGGCAGGUGGUCAGCACCACGGAGACGGUCAGUGAGAUCAACUGACCUGCAGGAGGCGCUGCACUGUCAAACACCAAUAAACAUGAGCGUCAAACGGAAGCCUGUGUUG